AUGGACCCCGAAAUGAACAAGCUCCUCAAAUGGAGUAUCACCAACUCUGAUGCCUCCAAAGGCGCCGAGGAUGAAGGCAAUGCCGUCGAUGCUUCAAAGAGCCAGAUUACCCCAGAGCUUAUUAGCAAACUCUUUGGUGGCGGGCCCUCCGACGCCGACCUGAUGAAGGCCGCCAUUGAAGUCAUCAAAGACCCCGAGACCGAUUUGGAGAACAAGUUGGUCGCAUUCGACAACUUCGAACAAUUGAUUGAGGGAAUUGAUAACGCGAUGAACAUCCAAUCAUUGAACCUGUGGCCCGAUCUUGUCUCGCUGCUCGAACAUGAGGAGACUGACAUCAGACGAAUGGCUGCAUGGAGUGUCGGCACGGCUGUGCAGAACAAUCCAAAGACUCAGGCUCAUUUCGUCGACACACACUCAUUCCCCAAACUUGUCUCUAUCGCCACAACAGACCCCAACCCGGCCACCCGCAAGAAGGGCGUCUAUGCCCUCUCAUCCGCUGUCCGCAACCACCAGCCCAGCUUGGACGAGCUGCUCAAGAGUCUGCCUGCACCUUACCAAAAUCUGCCGGCAGAUUACAAACAGCAGCUGAAAGACGAGAAGAAAUCCGAGGAGGAGCAAGCCAAGCCACUCGAUGCCAGUAACAUGGACUUCAUUGAUUUCAUGAUGGACAAGCUGCGCACUCAUACCGUCGAUGCCUCGGCCUGA